GCUUCGUCAGUCUUCUGUGUUUACUAGUGGUAACUUCAGUGAAAGGUAAGUGUUCCAGUGUCUGAUCGCCACACAGCAGUGAGAUACCAGUCGGCUAUAUUGACUGGGAGAGUAAGAGAGAGAGCACUAGGCUACAAGGCUUCACAGCCAACCAUAACAAAGUGGCAGGCAGGACCAGUGUAGGACCCGCGUCUCCACGAUGUUGUUGUGAACAAAAAUCGGUGGAGAAAUGUUAAAAAAAUGUGCUUUGAUGGUUAUGUGUGACCUUGGAAUUAUAAUCUUCCUCAAAUAAUGGGAUUUAAUGGCUGUUUAUACACACAACUGGUGAUCGGUGGGGUCCUGGGGAUAUUAGCCUUGGUACACUGUGAAGGUGACACGUCAGUAUUCAGCGAUGUCCGUUUCACGACAGAGCCGAGCAACGUCAUCGUCAACCGGGGUGAGGCGGCCAUAUUUAACUGUGGUGUCCAAUGCAGUACGACGACGCCGGCCGUCACAUGGCUGAAGGACGGGAAACCUAUCAACGUGGACAUUGGGAGGUAUACCGUCAUCACUAACGGGUCUUUAUUGAUCGGAAUUGUGCAGCAUUCACGUACGGCGCCGCGGAUGUCAGACAAGGGCAUUUACCAGUGUGUGGCGUCUGUGGAGAAUGUUGGUCAAAUUGUUAGUCGCAAGGCGCAGCUAGAUAUUGCACAUUUAUCAAAAACAUUCGACAUUCAACCUCAUGAUAUGACUUUAUAUUUACGGGACGUAGCAAUGUUCCGGUGUGAAAUAGACGGGGCCCCACCCCCUAAUAUUACGUGGUUUAAAGGUGGUAACCCACUUCAAGAUAGAACUAAUAUUAAAAUAUUUACUGAUGGCGUAUUAGAAAUAAAUCCUGUAGAAUUUCGAGACUUUGGAUCAUAUCAUUGUGUCGCAGAAAGUUUAGAUAAAGUGAAAGCGAGAUCGAGUCGGACAGCAAUAUUACGACAAGAUGCAGAUAUAGAUGAAAUUUUACAAGGAAUAAAGCCAUUGUUUGUGUUACGGCCACAGAACACGUGGGCCGAGGUCGGUACCACUGUUAUUCUCUUCUGUGGAGCAAAUGGACAGGCCAAAGAGGGGAGACAACCCACUAUAUCAUGGCUAAAAGACGGCAUCACAAUAGAUUUUACUCAGACGAAGGGCCGACUGACUGUUGUGGGGGCAGGAAGUCUACAGAUCUAUCAGGUACGGGAGGAAGACUCGGGAACAUUUACAUGUCGCGCGGUGAAUUCCAUAGACUCGGAGGACGCGGAUGCAACUCUUACAGUACAAGUUCCUCCGAUGUUCCGAGAACAACCGUCCAAUCACGUGGCCCAAGUAAACUCGGACGUCCUCUUCCUCUGCGACAUUUAUGGCGUACCAAUGCCAGAGACGCAAUGGUUAAAAAAUGGGCAGCUUGUCAAAGACCUCAAUGAAUCAGACUACUUUCAAAUCGUGGAUAACAAACACCUUAGGAUUCUGGGAUUGGUGAAGAAAGAUGAGGGAAUUUAUCAGUGUUUUGGAGAAAACUCUCUGGGCAGCACACAAAGAAGUGCUCAGCUAAUUGUUGUUGAUCAAAUGGUCUCCCCUCCCACCCCUUCUUCCUUCACACGGCCUAUACAUCAUUUAGGCGGUAUCUACGGAGACCAGACACGCCUUCCCUCGGAGCCACGGGAUAUGAGAGCUGCCAUUGUUUCCCGGAGAUUUGUUACCUUGUCCUGGUCCAGUCCUAGGUCUACAGGAGAAGGGGAGACAGCCCCGCCAGUAUACUCUGUCUACUGGAAAGAGUUGGGCUCAGAAAGGGAGCGUGUGAUGAACACGACCCAGCUAGGGGCUAACAUACAGCACCUGAAGCCCAACACCGCGUACGAGUUCCGUCUCCGUUCCUAUAACUCCUACGGACCCAGCCCCACAUUUGCCAGGAUAUCCAUCACCACGGAAAAGGACGUUGAUGUCCCUAGUCCACCUACAAAUGUUCAAGUGACAGCGCUGUCAUCCAAUGCUAUUCGUGUCCAAUGGGACCCUCCUGUCCAGGCCAAGGGUACAAUUACCAAGUAUGUCAUCAUCUCGUACGAAGUCGGCCAAGACAGCGAAGAAGAUCGGGAUGAUGUGCUGGAAACGGAGUACACGCUGGAUAACCUCCAAAGUUUCCGGGAGUACAGCUUCCGUGUGUUCGCCAGUAAUGAGAUUGGAGACGGAACAAGCUCCAAGGAGUACACGUGUCGGACAUUCUCUGCCAAACCCAGCGAUGUGCCAACAAAUUUCUCCGUAGAAACUUCCAGCUCUGAGAGUAUCAUUGUGCGAUGGGAACCUCCGCCAGAAGACUCCCAAAAUGGUGUCAUCACAGGAUACAAGAUCAAAUACAAGAAACGUGGCGACAGUCGUGCAGAAACCGUGACAACGGACGGAAACAGACGUCUUUAUGCUCUGACCGAUCUGACCAAAGAUACAGAAUACCAGGUGAGGAUAUCGGCACUCACUGUCAACGGCAGUGGCCCGUACGUUCGCUGGUACAGGGUCACCACCUACCGAGACGACCUUGAUGAGACGAAAGUGCCCCCGCCACCAAGGCUGAUACGGGUCGUGCCUUACGAUACGUCUAUACGAGUGUCGUGGUCCGCCCCGGACCCAGAAUCUAAGAUCCUGGUACGCGGUUACAUACUGGGGUAUGGUAAGGGAAUACCAGACUCUUACCGGCUGACAUUGGACGCGGAUAAUCACGUUUACAACAUCAAGAAUCUCCAACCAGCCUCCCAGUACGUUAUCACUGUGUUAGCCUUCAACAACGUGGGCGACGGCGAACCCAAGUACCAGACCGCCAUCACUAGUGAGGAGACAGUUACGGAACAAGUUACUCCCAUGAUGCCUCCUGUUGGCCUGAAGACGAUCGUAUUGUCGUCGUCGACAGUUGUACUGACCUGGACCGAUACCUCACUGGGGAAUUCACAAACAGUCACAGACAGUCGGUACUACACGGUCCGUUACACGUCACUGCCCAAUAACAACAAACGUUACAAGACGGUUAACUCGACUGAUCUCAACGCUCACAUCGACAACCUCAAGCCCAACACGCGUUACGAGUUCUCAGUCAAAGUCAUCAAAGGCCGGCGCCAAAGCACGUGGAGUAUGAGUGAAAUCAACAUCACCCAGGAAGCAGCACCAUCUUCAAUACCAAGAGAUUUGACUCCUGUUCCCAAGGAAGGAAACCCCACAGCUGUUACAAUGAAUUGGCAACCGCCCCAGAAACCUAAUGGGCAGAUUACAGGUUACCUGUUGUUCUACACGACUGACCAGAGCCAGAGUGACCGGGAGUGGGUGGUCGAGGGAGUGUUAGGAGAAAAACUGUCCACAACGGUCAAGGGCCUCACUCCGGACACCACCUACUACUUCAAGAUACAGGCGAGGAAUAGUAAAGGCUAUGGCCCAAUGUCCAGCACCAUCAUCUAUAAAACACCAGCGAAGGAUGGUACAGGUGGAGGGAAGAUCAACCCAAACUUUAUUGCUCCAGAGAUUAAUUACAACCCCAACGUAAAAGAUAUAGAUGAACAGCCACAGGAGGAAGAUGACAAACAAAACGACGCCGGUGGGCUCUCUACGAAUGUCGUCAUCAUCAUAGUAACAUGUGUCGUGGGAGCUUCGUUUUGUAUCGUCAUCAUUGUCGUCGCCAUCGUCUUGUGUCAGAAAAGGGAUAACGGAGAACGCAACAAACGCCCUCAAGCCGCCCAGCAGCAGUCUCCCAGUAAGGGUAAACUGGCCCAGCGUGACUUAAAGAAGCCCGAUCUGUGGAUUGACCACCAGCAACAGUUUGAGCUGAAAAGUGUUGAUAAACCAGAAAGAAGUGAAUCUAUGUUGACAAUGAGCACGUUACGACGGAACUCUGUCGACGGGAAUAAAUCUAUAGAUGAAUUACCUCCGUAUCAUCCAGACAUCGAUAAAGAAUACCCAGAAAUUACGUACCAUCCCCAUGGUACCCACGAGGAUAGGUACACGCCCAUGAGGCAACAGCCCAUGCAGCACCAACCCACCGGGCUGAUCCGACCCAAAGCCACCAAACCGCCGAUGAUGAUUGGCGUGGAGACACAGCAGCCACAACAUCGCGAACCAAUCGCCAUGGUGACAGCCCUACAGAGCAGUCAAAUGGCCCAGAUGGAGACACCGCACGCUAUGAUGGCUCAUACGCGGCCAGGCUUCCCAAGGACCCAGUACAACAUGCCGUACACGACCUCGCCGCGCGUCAAUACCGACCACUCUCAUAAUAUGCAUGGGAUACCGAUGGAUCACAAUUAUCUUGUGUCCGCCCUGGACGACGACGAGUCGAGCGUCAACGACCCGCUCUUAGAUGAAUCGUACAACGCACGAGUUGGAUAUGGCCUUAAAUCACCCGAUAUCUGCCCCAAGCAGAGCCAUAGCCUACCCCACCUGGCUGGGCACGGGAUCACCCCCUCUGGGGGAUUGGGAUCUCAUGCCCUUCCCCCGGGGCUGAUGUCCCAUACCCCUAAGAAAGGUCAGCCUACAGCCAUUAUCUCGCCUGACCAACAGCUGCCUGGCGAGUGCGAGGAACAUAAAAGUUUACCCCGAUCCCUCCACCGACACCCGCUGCGGAGCUUUUCCGUGCCCAGCCCCCCGCCCCCUGGCAGUAAUCCCCUGUCCAGUGUCCAACUCACCCCAAAACACCAAAUAGUAAAGCCACAGCAGACAUCGAGCCCGUAUAAGAAGCCUACACCCCCUAUAUCCAGCGUCCCCAUUAAACCGCGUACAACGAUGCCCAUCAUCAGCACCCCUAAGGCUCCCGAUGUGGUCCUUAAAGGGACUCAAGAGGAUCCCGACCUUCAGAAGUCAGUCAGCACAGAGGAACUAACAGCAGAGAUGGCCAAUCUAGACUGUCUAAUGAAGGACUUAAACGCCAUCACACAGCAGGACUUUGAGUGCUAACCCACCUUAUUCCACAUCAUACAAGGGCAGACAACUCGCAUGUUAACUCAUUCACUACUGAAGACACAUUUGAACUCUUCCAUUUCAAAGGUUGGAAUAGUUCAUUAUGAAAUUUCAGGGGUGAAUGAGUUAAGACUACUCAUCAUAUAAGUGCAGAUAACUCGUUUGUGGAUCAGAGUUCGUAGAAGUGUGGAUAAUUUAUUUGUUAGAAGAGUUCGCAUCAAAGGGCGGAUAACUUAUCUACAUGACUAAACAUCACUGAAGGGCAGACAAUUCAUUUGGAAAGGAGUGUAACUCGUCGAGCCAUAUUUCAUUUAUUUUCACCACACAUUUUUGUUCUGUAUACAGCCACACGGAUGUAGUCCUAAGGCACUGCUGAGACCCCACCAAGACAUCAUUAAUUUAGAAAUUCGUAAGGGGCAUCAUUGAUACAAACAUGUGCAGAAACUUUCCAUUAUUGAUGCUUUCUGAUUGAACAUUUCCAGGAUUUUGAAGUAUGAUGUACUAAAUCGAGGCAGUAAAAACAGUUCAUCAGAAAUCAAAUCUGUGGAUCCAGUAAUUUAUUUGCAUUUUAAUGAUGAUGUCAUUUCGUGUCUAUGUGAUGGUGAUGUCACUUCCUGUCUAUAUGAUGGUGAUGUCACUUCCUGUCUUAGCCACAAUGGCACUUCCUACUGUGAAGUUACCACUUCCUCAUAAAACUGUUUAUAUGGUGAAAGAUAAUGAGUGUAUGUGUGUGGGUGUGUAUCAUAUGGAGUUACCAUUGAAGGAGAAGGAUGUUUUGACAUGUAAUUAUGUACAAAACCGAGACCCAUUUUAAAUAUCAGACCAUUGGCCUUGUAUUAUUUCAACUGCGUACGAAACCAGGAAUCUUACACUUUAAUAAACCAUCCUAAUGCCGAUAUUGUCAUAGAUCUUUUUAAAAGAAUUAAAUUUCUGUUUAAUUUUGAUUGCUUUAGCGACCCAUAACCGUUGAUAUUUACAUGGAGUUUAAAAUUAGUAAAAUAUUGUGAUUAAAGGAAAUUUUUGAAAUCAAUAUUUUUGUCCGUUAUCUAUCUCUUAUUGUUUUAAUAUCAGAUCUUUUAAAUUUUUUUAAUUUUUUAAUUAUUUUAAACAAUACUGCUGGUUUCAGCAUAACAUCUGUACAUUUCUUUGUCCAUAUUAUUGUUUUACCUUGAAAAUGAAUUUUACAGGUAACAAUUUUAAGUUUUAGAAAAUUAAAAUUGCAUGUUUUUGCUGAAAUACUGUUUGUUUUUACUUGGAUAAGUUAAUAAAGAAAACCUAUUCUAUGGAUCUGUGUUAUUUUGUUAAAAAUAAUCACCUUGUUUGUCAAAAGUGUUGUGAUGAAAUAAAAGUGAACUUGUGGUUUAUCAUUUUUAACCGAGCCAAAAUGAACAAUAUUUAUGUGACAUAGUAUUUUGUCAAAGUGUGUUAUAUUUGAGUUUAUACCUUCCAGGAUGUCAAACUCUGUUUACUUGUUUAAUUUGUUGUGGCAUUUCUAUGCCAGACUAAACACGCUAAGAGUCUUCUUCAAACAUUUUGAAUUUGAAAAAGCUUUUUUGAAUAAAGUCAGAAGAAUUUUGUUUUAAUCAUUUUGCGUUGUGUUUAUGUUAACAUAAUGUAUUGCAUGUACGGCCACUUUAUUGAAAACUUUUCUUGUCAGGCUUCCAUAUUCAAAAUAAAUUUCAUUUUGAUCAUCAGUUGAAGUGGUUGUUUUACUGGUACGCAAGGAGGUAAUAUCAAUUUUAGAGAAAAUAUUAGAUUGGUUUUUUUUGUUGAUUGAAUCAUAAUCAUUUUCGGUACCUGCCACAUUUUUAACAAUAUCUAUUUGUCUUCCUGCCACUCGUUAAAAUGGGAUUUUCCGUUGUUUUGUAUUUAUGAGAAACCAUUUUAAUCCAUAAUUGAUUUUCUGUUCUGAUAUCGGACACUUUAUUCGUUGUCGUUUUAAAAAUCUUUCCUUCACAUCUCAAAAUUAUAGAUUUUAUCGAAAACCAAUUUAUACCAGUGUUGAUGUUGAUGAAAAGAGCUGUAUCGUACUCGGCAAGAACCGUGAUGUGAGAUAGCAUAUCCAUGAUACUGAGAAACAGGCGUUAAAUGUAUGAAAGGUCACGGGAGUUUGUGUACGAGAGGUCACGAGAGUUGAGGAGAUCACAAGUGAUGUAUGUAAGUAUAUAUCAUAAAACUGGUGAAAUUGUAUCAGAUUGAAUAUUUUUAUAAUGUAUCAUUUUACCGUAAAUAUGUGAAAAAUUAUCAUGUUUUAAUGUGAAUUUUGAUCUUAGGUACAUGUAUUGCUUGGUGCUUUUUGAAACUCGCCAUAGAGCAGGUUAAACUGAACCCUUUCACCACCGUAGACUAUAAUGGACUCAUUCAUAUCACUGCAUAGAAGAGUCUACUAAAGUUACAUAGGGGGGAAAGGGUUAAGGAGAAAUUGUAUUUUAUUUGGAACAUAAUCCAAUAUCCCUGAAUUUUGGUUUCAGUAUUUUAUUUAUAGAAUUGCUGUUGACAGGUAGCAAAAUUUACCUGGUAUUCUAGACCAAAAUCUUUGGUUUUUGGAACUGCAAAAAUGCUAAAACAUGUUUACAUUUUAAAUAUCAUUUGAAAUGUAUAAAGUUUCGAAAUAUCUUAUAUUAAAAACCUGCUCUGUGGCGAGUUGUUGAACAGGAACAAACGUUAACAACCUCUGUGUAUACUACCAGAUCUAGAAUCAAGACGAACUUUUAUCAAAUAAGGACGUAUUACUUUGUUGUGCACUGCUGAUUCAAAUACAUGUCUUACUUUGUCAUAACAGAAACUGAUAAAUGAUGAUGAGAGAUAAAAAUAUCAACUGGAAUUUCAUUUAUACCUAUGUAACAAGUAUAUAUUUUUGUUUAAUUUGUGUAGAAAUCGCUAAAUGAUGAGAGAUGAAAAGUUCAUCUUUGGAAUUUAAUUUAAAACAUUUUGUUUUUCAAAUAUCAAAAUUAACGAUAGAAUUUUAUAUGUUGGAAAAGAAUUUUAAAAUAAAAACAAUGUGUUUUUUUGUAAAAAAUUGUAAAUUAGAUAGGAUUAAUAAAAUUACAGGUUAUUGUCUUAUUGGAUAAUGAUAAAAAAUGCAUGGUAACUGGAUACUAAACCAUGUAAGCAGGAUGUUUAUUAGAGUUAGUUGUGUACUACAAGUCUGAACAGUUACUCCUAGGCCAGUUGGCUGUCCAGUGUAAUAUCACACAGUAAUGGCCAGAUCAAGGUUAACCCUUUUACCCUUGUAGACCAUAAUGGACUCGCCCAGAUAAAUGUAUGCUAGAGUCUACUAAAGUUUACUAGGGGUGAAAGGGUUAAG